AUGACGGACAGUCCUCAUGUUGCUGGCGAAUACCACAUUCACGGGGAACAAUCCCACAAUGGGUCACUGAAGAUCACACAAUACACCUAUCUUCUUGCAUUUUGUGCCGCGUUGAAUUCCUGCAAUUUGGGAUAUGACAUAGGCGUCAGUACCAAUGUUGGACCAAUGAUUGAAGAAGAAUUUGGUCUUUCUUCCAGCGAACGAGAAUUGUUUAUUGGUAGUCUGAAUCUAUGGUCCAUUUUUGGUAGCUCCAUGGCUCAUUGGAUCUGUGACACCUAUGGACGGCGGAGUUCGUUCAUUGUUGCUGCUCUCUUUUUCAUUGUCGGAGUCAUUAUCAUGGGUCUCAGCAAUAGUUAUGCCAUUCUCAUGAUUGGCAGAUUCUUGGUGGGAUUGGGUGUCGGAUUUGGUUUGGCCAUUGAUCCAAUCUACAUUGCCGAAGUCACCCCAGCCCAAUAUCGUGGAGAGCUUGUCACCUGGUCCGAGAUUGGAAUCAAUGUUGGCAUUGUUCUUGGAUUUGCAACAGGAUUUUUCUUUUAUGGAUAUGAGCAGUCAAUACAGUGGAGGUUGAUGCUUUGGAUGGGAGCUGUCCUCCCGUUGGUCAUGAUAGUUUUGGUUUUGACAGUCAUGCCCGAGUCACCUCGCUGGUUGAUCAAGAAAGGACGAGAGCAAGAAGCACGACAAAUUCUCGAGCGAUUGUAUCCCCCUGGAAAUGACAUUUCGGCAGUGAUGAAUGAAAUUAAGGAAGCUCUAGAUGUGGAAACGAGGGCCAAACAAGACAAUGGGUGGGAUGUCAUAUUAUACCCAACCAAGGCCGUUCGAAGAAUGCUGCUAGUGGGAGUUGGAAUUGCCAUCGCCCAACAAUUGGUCGGUGUCGAUGCCAUUCAAAACUACCUCAUCGAUUUGCUGAAAGAGUCUGGUAUCGAUUCCGAUCGUGGCCCAUUGGAAGUUCUAAUGGUAUUGGGGCUCUUAAAGCUUGGUUUUGUUUUUGUUGGUGGGAAGUUGUUUGAUACCCGAGGAAGAAGGCCGUUAUUUCUCAUCUCCUUAGCCGGUAUGGCUUUGUCGUUGACGAUAAUUGCAUAUUCCAAUGAAACCAUGACAAUUGUUGGACUUGCUUUGUACUUGUCAUUCUUUUCCAUAGGAAUGGGACCUGGAGCGUGGCUCAUACCAUCGGAAGUCUUUGCUACCAGCAUACGUGCCAAGGCGAUGAGUGCUGCCACCAUUUGCAACCGAGUGGCUGCAACUGUACUAUCCUCAACCUUUCUCACUGCAUCCGAGUACUUUGGAUGGACCCAAGUGUUUUUAAUGUUGGCGGGAAUCUGCAUACUGUUGAUGAUCUUUGUCUACUUUUUCCUACCCGAGACAAAGGGGCGUUCCUUGGAAGACAUGUCCAAGUACUUUGCACAAAUCACGAAUGACACGUCACUCAUUCAGGCUGAAAUAAAGCUGAGCCAAAGCUUUCAACGGGAGUAUGAAAGCUUUCAAUUGGAUCAUGAGAUUUCUUGA